UGGUGUAAGUGUUAUUUUAACCAAACCUGAGGGUCCAAACGUGUGAUGGUGGGUGUAAUUCUUUUAUUUAUUGAAGAGAGAGAGAGAAAAAGUGCUAGUAGCAACUCCUAAGAUAGAGACAUCUCCGAAUACUUGAGACCGAGUGCGGCAGUUUCCUCCAUCAACAACCAUUUUUCAUAUUCUCUACUUUCGCAUUCUUCAACCCAGCUUCUUAAUUUCCUUCACUAACAUUUUCAAAACCUAAAACCACAAUCUUACUUCUCUAUUCUCAACACUUUCAAUUCAAACCAUGUCAAAUAGAAACCGCGGCCACCCUCAUCCUCCUCCGCCACCUCACGCCGCCUUAUCUCCACCCAUACGUGAUCCAAUAUUUUCCAUGCGAGGCGGAGGAGGAGGCCAUCCUCCACAUCCAUCUCUUUUAGAAGAUUUCCGUGAAUCCCAAUUAGGGUUAGGCCACCGUCCUCCUCUUCACCUCCACCCCGCCGCCGUCAUCGAGGAACGUCUCGCCGUGCAGCAUGGUGAGAUUCAGGGUCUAUUAGGUGACAAUCAAAGAUUCGCUGCCACACACGUGGCCUUGAAACAGGAGCUGGAGGCUGCUCAGCAUGAGCUACAGAGGAUGGCGCAUUUUAAGGAUUCUCUUAGGGCUGAUACAGAGGUGAGGAUGAGGGAAAUGUAUGAGAGGGCGGGUCAGUUGGAAGCAGAGCUUCGUGGCGCUGAGGCGGCUAGGGCGGAGCUUCAACAGAUUCAUGGUGACGUUAAGGAGCUUACUGCUGUUAGACAGGAUUUGUCUGGACAGGUGCAGGCUAUGUCACAGGAUUUGGCGAAGAUGACUGCUGAUUUGAAACGGAUGCCGGCUUUGAGGGCUGAUGUUGAUGCUAUGAAACAAGAAUUGCAAUGUGCAAGAGCUGCCAUUGAGUAUGAGAAGAAAGGAUUCACGGAAAAUUAUGAACAUGGUCAAGUGAUGGAGAAGAAAUUAAUUGCCAUGGCUCGGGAGAUGGAGAAGCUUCGUGCCGAGAUUGCAAAUGCAGAGAAAAGAGCACGUGCUACUGUUGCUGUCGCUGCCGCUGGGAAUCCAGGUCCAGGGUAUAAUGCAAAUUAUGGAAAUUCUGAGACCGGAUAUGCCGGAAAUCCUGGAAAUCCUUACCCGUCCUAUUAUGGCAUGAACCAGGUACAGCCUGGUGUGGAGAAUUUUCAACAGUAUGCACCUGGACCUGGACCUGGACCUGCUGCUUGGGGUGCAUAUGACAUGCAGCGAGCUCAGGGACAUCGAUAGACUUGUAUCCUGUUAAGAAAUCUUAUAACUGGUUACCUGGACUGCCACUUUCUAGGUUGGCUCAAGGUUCUACUCAUGGGUAUCAUGGGAAAUUGUUUCUUGGAUGCUCCUCAAAAUUGUAGUUAUAUUAGAAGGCCUGUAUUGGCUUGAUCAUGCAGUAGAUGGUGUUUGUGGUGUCGAUGAAUUGGAUAUCUUGUUAUAUAGUAACAGCCUAUUUUUGAAGUGUGGCAUUUAUGCUAACCUUACACCUUUGUCUUUA